UUUACAGGACAGGAGGGGAAUUGAAGUUACUGGGUCAUCAAACACCCGCGCUUGUUGUGUUGCCGGCUCCUUCGCCCACCUACUCUCUCUCUCUCUCUCUCUCUCUCUCUCUCUCUCUCUCUCUCUCUCUCUCUCUCUCUCUCUCUCUCUCUCUCUCUCUCUCUCUCUCUCUCUCUCUCUCUCUCUCUCUCUCUCUCGUUCUGACGUGCGGUUGAGUGAACACUAAGCACAGGAAGCACCGACAGAGAAAGGGGGCCAAGGACUAGCUGAAACUUAGUUGCUUUUUUAUCUGAACGUGCAUGUGCGCAUGGCUGUGCGCGCCUCAGUGUAGUGUCACCGCGAGAGGAGGACUGUUAUUAACGGCGGGCGCACUAAACGGCGUGUUUUGCGGGAAACCGACUGUGGCACAUGUGGGACAUUUAAAGUCACCGGGAGCUGCGCUACUCACUACCAGCUGAUCUUUUCCCCUGUGAUCUGACUAGACUCCUCGCAUCGGAUGAAGACCGCUGACGUUAUCCAGUCCUCUUCGGCCGAGAGCUCCCCAAUGUCCCGACGGGAUCAGCGCUACAGGCGAGGUUUAAAGGGACGAUGCUGUGAAUGUGGCUCCAUCCUGACGCACUGGUACUAUGAGAAGGAAGGGCGUCUCUACUGCAAGAGGGACUACUGGACCUGCUUCGGGGACACUUGUCACGGCUGCUCGGAAACCAUCAUUGGCCUCAUCAUGGUGGCGGGAGAACAGAAAUACCACCCAGAGUGCUUUUCCUGCCAGCGCUGUGGAAACUUCAUCGGAGAUGGAGAUUCGUUCACCCUCGUGUCACGCUCCAAGCUGUAUUGUGGGCACUGCUAUGCCACCACUACUGAGCAGCGUGCCAACAUGGAGAGCCCGAUGGAGGCCCAUACGGUGACCCUGGUCUCCUUCCCUCCCUCCGCUAACGGCUGCAGAAGCCUCUCUCUCCACAUGGACCAGGAUGGAGACUGUGAAAGAAACCACAUCUUUAGAAUAUCAGAGAUGGACGUGACCCAUGCCAGUGUGGAUGUAAGGUCUCUGGUCCAUGUAGGGGAUAAGGUUCUGGAGAUCAAUGGAACUCCCAUUCAGAACAUCUCACUGGAAAAGAUUGACCUGGUGAUCCACGACACUGAGCGUCUGCUGCAGCUGACGGUGGAGCACGACCCCCACUACAGCAGCCCCCCCAGCCCCCAGAGCAGCCCCCUCAGCAGCCCCCUCAGCAGCGCCCCCUCCACCCCCAUCUCAGCUGAGGAGUUCGACAUCCCCACCUGCCUCUCAGAGCCGCCCCAGAAGAAGAGCCCACGCACACGCAGCAUCCUGCGGAGCUGUAGCACAGACAAGAUGCCGUGUUCAAACUACUCCAUGGCACUGAUCUCCCAGAGGAGGGAGAUAAACCGCUCUCAGUCCGUACGGGAGGACGCGGCAAACGGUGGGCACCGCAUCUUCCGGCCCUCAGACCUCAUCCCUGGAGAGGUGCUGGGUAAAGGCUGCUUCGGCCAAGCUAUUAAGGUUACCCACCAACAGACGGGGGAAGUCAUGGUACUGAAAGAACUGAUACGUUUUGAUGAGGAAACACACAAAAUGUUCUUAAAAGAGGUAAAAGUGAUGCGCUGUCUAGAUCACCCCAACGUCCUUAAAUUCAUCGGCAUUUUGUACAAGGACAAACAUCUCAAUCUAAUAUCUGAAUUCGUCACCGGGGGCACGUUAAGAGAGACAAUUGAGAAAAUGGACAGCGAUCAUCCUUGGAGGCUAAGAGUGAGCUAUGCCAAGGACAUCGCAUCAGGAAUGGCAUACCUCCAUUCAAUGAAUAUCAUCCACCGUGAUCUCAACUCCUACAAUUGUCUAGUGAGAGAGAACCAGAGUGUGGUGGUGGCUGAUUUCGGCCUCUCCCGGUGGAUCAACCGGACGGAGGCCCAGCUUCGGCACACCCCCAAUGGGAAGAUCGGACAGCGGACGCCCCCCGACCGCCGCAGGAAGUACACUGUGGUGGGGAACCCAUACUGGAUGGCACCAGAGAUGAUCCACGGCGAGAGAUACGACGAGCGAGUGGACAUCUUCUCCUUUGGGAUCAUGCUGUGUGAGAUAAUAGGCCGGGUGGAUGCGGACCCGGAUUUCCUUCCUCGUACUAUGGAGUAUGGACUGGACGUUGCUGGCUUUCUGAAACAAUUCUGCCCGGAGGACUGCCCGCCUCCAUUCUUCCCCAUGGCUACUCUAUGUUGUGACCUGGAUGCAGAGAAAAGGCCUGUUUUUACCACCCUGGAGGGCUGGCUGGAGAACCUGAUGUUGACCAUGGACAUGGGCAUCCCUCUCAUGUCAGAGGUGGACACCAUGCAGAAGGAAUUCUGGAACACUCAGAAGCUGUGAAUGUGAAAAUCUUUGGUUUUGUUUUCAUGCGUUCUGCACUUUAUGUAAAUUAUGUUGAUAGAAAAUAAACGUUUUGUAUCAAAAUACUUUGCACAUGGUUGAUUUGCAUGGG